AUGUCGAAUGACGAGCGUCAAGCUUGGAAGUAUCGCGCCAAGCAGUUCAAUGAAUCGGCAGCCGGGCGGGCACAACUACAGCAGAGACGUCAAAGGAGACGAGACCGCGGAAAUCACUCUCCGACCCCAUCUUUCGUAAGGGAGCCGAUGACAAAUGCACGAGAUAGGCUUAAUGAAUCACCAGUUUUGCACGCGUCCCGUCGAACCGAUGAAGAGGACGAAUAUUCCACAGUGUAUUUCGAGCCGGGAUGUGAUGAGUUUAUAUGGAAACGUAUGUGCGACGUGAGAAAUAUGUUGGCGCAGUUUACAGAGCGAUUCGAUAUGAAUCAACAACAGUACAACGAUGGAAGGGAGUUCACAAACAAAGAGGAUUACUUUUUGAGACGACGUUUAUGCGUGGCAUCGGUGAAUGUGCACUAUUGUGAUGCGAAUCACAACGUUUAUCCAUCAGAAAUAUCACUGAUCAAAUUCAAUAUUGCUGAUGGUCUCUUAGAUGAACGCAAUUUCAUAUUAUCUCUUCCAAGAUAUCUUGUCAUACCGCGCGAAUAUGAAAGUGCAAUCGUCAAUAAUGAAGAGCGGACGAUGUUGCGUGCUGACCAGCGUGACCAUGCACUGUGCCACUUUAUGAGAUCGGAUUUCGACGAGAUUUGGCACGAAAUAAAAGAAUUUACGAACUUCGAUGGAGUGCACGAGAGGAUUGCAGUGCGUUCGGGUGAAUGGAAUAGUGUGGUUGGAGCAUUUCAUACACUCUGCAGACUCGUCGGAGAGCAUGCAUCUUCGCGAAUCGGGACCCGUUUUGUGGUGAUUGAGGACUACUUGCAAGCGAUGACCACAUCGAUUCUGCAAGACCGACAACACUCUCUUCAGCACCCUCAGCCACAAGCUCGCAGCCAUAUAUCCGCACAAUUGCAGCCAAAUAUCACCGCUCAAGCAACUGCAGCCUCAUCAUCUGCAGCCUCCCGGCGCGACGUAACCACAGUCGCACGCAACGACCAACACGCAUCGCGCGGAACGUGUCAAUCCGACGUGGUGACGUGUUCGUUCCAUCAUCAGUUGUUAUUGACGAAUCAGUGCCGUGCGCGUGCGUGUGCUAUGUUCACAGCACGCCAAACAGCCUUUAAUUUCCUCACUCUUUCGAAACAGUACGCAUUCCGUAACUUCACAAUCACGGGAACGCAUUUCCCAGAUGGCGACAAUUCGCCAGAAGCAGUCGGUGAGGUUGCAGAUUGGGGUGCUGUAAACAGUGGAGCCGAAUGCGGAAUCCGUGGCGAAAUGACCCCACACUUGGCAUGUCGCCAAGAAAACGUUAGAGACGGGCCAAGGGUUCCAGGAACAUUUGAAGAACCGAAGAGACAAAGACAAAAAGAACAGCGGGAAGAAUUAUGGAGGCGUAACGCCAAUCAGAGAAAUCAGGCAGUGCAAGACUGCCGUGGAGACUACAACAAUUUUGUCUUUGGACAACGGCGAUCAACUUCGACGGGAUACAGCGAUGUGAGCGUCGGACUAGAGAGGACGACACUAGGCGAGGGAACUAGAGAAACACAUUUUGGGGGAGAAGUACCCGAGAUUGGGUAUUCGAGGAAUGCAUCCCGUUCACCGGAUACUUACAUUCCGGAGGAAAAUGUUGUGACCUAUGUGGAUGCAGGUACGUGGUGGAGAGGCAGGCGCGUGUUGCGUAACGCGUGGAACUGGAAUGAGCAAAGAAGGGGUGAACCUAUAAUAACAUCUACGAUAUCACGCGACAAGAGAAAGAAGAGACAAGAGAAAGCGUCAAAUAAUGUCUGUGGUGAUAUGCAAAGCUUAAAAUUUACCAGGAAUACGGGUAAAUUGGAGGAUCUUAAUAAUGAUUUUUCUGAACUGCAGAAAUCGCAUGGCCAAGUUUUGUACUUGAGCCUUUAUUCUCUCUCGUAG